CUUGAUUCAAUCCAACCGAGUGCCUGAACCCUAAACCCUCGGCCGACCCAUCACCUCCACUGCCGUCCGCGCCGAACGCCAGCCUCUCCUCGCCGCCGCUGCCGUCCUCGCCAAUCCCUUGACUGGCUCGGAGCGGGUACUAGGAUUGAUUUCUUCUUUUUUGCUGGUUUCGAUUUGGUGGUUGAAGCUGUGUUUCUCCAUGGCGCUUCGGUUCGAGGUAUUAGGAAGAUUCAACCGUGCCCGUGCAGCUCGGUUAACUCUUCCCCACUUUACUUGUCAAACACCACUUUUUAUGCCUGUUGGAACUCAAGGUACAAUAAAAGCCCUGACUACUGACCAGUUAGAGGAGAUAGGUUGCCAGAUUAUACUUGGAAAUACCUACCACCUUGAACUUCGUCCAGGUUCUCAACUUAUUGAUGAAUUGGGCGGCCUUCACAAAUUUAUGAAUUGGAAAAGGGCAUUGCUGACUGACUCUGGUGGUUUCCAAAUGGUUUCUUUACUGCAUUUGGCUGAUAUUACCGAGGAAGGAGUUACAUUUCAGUCACCUGUUGAUGGGAAGCCCAUGCUCUUGACACCUGAGGAAUCUAUCCAUAUUCAGAACAAUAUUGGAGCUGAUAUAAUUAUGGCUCUUGAUGAUGUCGUGAAGACCACAAUUACUGGCCCAAGGAUAGAAGAAGCUAUGUACCGUACCCUUCGUUGGAUUGACAGGUGCAUAGCUGCUCACAAGAAACCGGAUGUCCAGAACUUAUUUGGGAUUGUGCAAGGAGGAUUGGAUCCAGUUCUUAGAGAUCUCUGUGUGAGGGGCUUGGUUGCACGGAAUCUUCCUGGAUAUGCAAUUGGUGGCCUUGCUGGUGGUGAAGAUAAGGACUCGUUUUGGCGUGUUGUUGCCCAAUGCACUGCUGGAUUGCCUGAAAAUAAACCACGAUAUGUCAUGGGUGUUGGCUAUCCACUUGAUAUUGUAGUAUGCAGUGCUUUGGGUGCCGACAUGUAUGACUGUGUUUAUCCAACACGGACUGCUCGUUUUGGGACUGCACUUGUGCCUGAGGGUGUCCUGAAGUUGAAACAAAAUGCAAUGGCAACUGAUGAACGACCAAUUGAUCCUACAUGUUCAUGUAUGGUCUGCAAAAAGUAUACACGUGCUUACUUGCAUUGUCUGGUCACGAAAGAUGCUAUGGGCUCUCAACUAUUGUCAUAUCACAAUUUAUCAUAUAUGAUGCGGUUAAGUAGAGACCUCCACAUGUCAAUUCUUGAAGGACGAUUUCCAGAAUUCGUUCGGGGAUUCUUGAGAGUGCAGUUCCCAAAGGGCGAUGUUCCAAAGUGGGUCUGUAACGCAAUGGAGGUUUCUGGCAUCGACAUAUCUGAAUGCUGUGCUUCCACCAAAUGUCUCACGCCAAGCAUUCAAGGCCAACCUUUAUCUACAUCAGUUGCCGCAAAUGGUGCAGAUGUGCCAAAUUAAGGCGCUUCCUAUUGAUUUACACGACAGGCUUUCAGCACAAGAAGGUUUUGAUCGUUCAUGUAGGGUCUCACAGAUUCAGCAUAUAAUUUUCCAACAGCAUGCUGAAGCUAGCCGAUAGGUUUCAAUAGUUUUUGAAGGCGUUGUGUGAUUUAGAAACAACAGGAGUAUGCUUGGGGCGUCUAGGUUAUAUGUCUUCAUGACUGAAUGGAAUUACCUUUCAUUGUAUCCUUUAGAUGCAGUUGUUAAAAAGGACUUUUAGUGAUACGAUCAGACUACAGGCAGUUGCGAUUUGUAAAAGCAUAUCCUACUCAUGGAAAUUGUUGUUUUUUGUAAACGAAAAUGGAAAUUGUUGUUGUGACGAAGGAAA